CUACAAGCGAUUGGAGCGCCUGGCAGGAUCGGGAGGGGGCGGGGCCUGCCGGGGCUAGUGGUUUCUCCUCUCCCUGCCCGAGGCGGCUGGUGCGAGGCAGCCGUACGUGGCCACUGGCUGAUGGUUGGCGCAGCCCGCGGACGAAUAGACUCGGAUUUAAAACAGCCGCUUAGCCCAAUCCAGCACGCAUUAUGUCGACCUCUUUAUACCCUACCGUUUUUUUUCAGUCUGCUUUCCGGUCUCUGCUCCUUAAGAUUCCUGCCAGGCCCCUGCGCCCUUUUCUGUUCAGGGGGAGCUCAUCUCUUCCUGGGCGAUCUCAGCAUUCCCGUACCUCUUUCUCCUGGCUGGAGGGGGGGCCCUGGCCUUGGCUGCCAUGGGUUCCUUCGCUGUGCUUGUCCUCACCCCCGCUCUGUGGGCCGCGGUUCUGAUUGCCUGGCUUGGCCCACGGGAUGUCCACAGGUUCUGCAUCACUCUUUCUUCCCUCAUGCUCUUGACCCAGAGGGUCACAUCCCUCUCUCUGGACAUUUGUGAGGGAAAAGUGAAGGCAGCAUCAAGAGGCAUCAGGGAAAGGAGCUCGUUGUCUGACCAUCUAUGUAAGGCACUGCCCUAUUUCAGCUACUUGCUCUUUUUUCCUGCUCUCCUAGGAGGCCCCCUAUGUUCCUUCCAGAAAUUUCAGGCUCGUGUUCAAAGGUCCAGCAAUUUGUGUCCCAGGCACUCUGUCUGGGCUCUGAGCUGGAGAGGUCUGCAGAUCCUGGGCCUCGAGUGCCUAAAGGUGGUCUUGGGGAAGGUGGUGAGUGCAGGAGCAGGUUUGACUGACUGCGGGCAACUCCAGUGCAUCCGUGUCAUGUGGUCCACAGCCGGGCUCUUCAAACUCACCUACUACUCCUGCUGGAUCCUGGAUGACGCCCUCCUCCAUGCCGCGGGCUUUGGGCCGGGGUUUGGUCAGAGCCCUGGUGAGGAGGGAUACAUUCCUGAUGCAGACAUCUGGACCCUGGAAACAACCCACAGGAUUUCCCUGUUCACGAGAAAGUGGAACCAAAGCACAGCACGGUGGCUCAGACGCCUCGUAUUCCAGCACGGCAGGGCCUGGCCCCUGCUGCAGACGUUCGCCUUCUCGGCCUGGUGGCAUGGACUCCAUCCAGGACAGGUGUUUGGUUUCCUCUGCUGGGCUCUGAUGGUGGAAGCUGAUUACCUGAUUCACACCUUUGCCCGCUCGUUUAUCAGAUCCUGGCCGAUGCAACUGCUCUAUAGGACCCUUACCUGGGCCCACACCCAGCUCAUCAUUGCUUAUAUAAUGCUGGCCGUGGAGGCCAGGAGCCUCUCCUCUCUCUGGUUGCUGUGUAAUUCUUACAACAGUGUCUUCCCCCUGGUGUAUUGUAUUUUGCUUUUUCUGUUAGGAAAGAGAAAGCAUACAUUUAACUGAUAUCUUUCCCCAGCCUUCAUCUUAUACAUCCAUGAAAUAGAGGUUAGAAAAUGCCAGAUGGUGUGUUGAUGAUGGCUAUGCUUGAACUUUUCCAUACUAGAAGUUGUUUUUUUCAAGUAUUGGAUGUAUAUAUCUGAUGUCUGCCCAUAGAAAUUUGUGUAUCUACUUUCACAAACUAUUAUACUCGUAUUGAAGAUUCAAAAAAAAAAAAAAGACAAAGACAAAGACAUGGUUUCUUCCCUUAGGGCUUAUAGUUUAGGUGGAAGCAAAGUAAGGUGAUAGGUAAAAGCAUAAGGUACUGCCAACCAAAUGGCAAAUGGUAAACACAUGGACAUCCAAACACUGAGUCUCCAACAUGUCCACUUCAUCCUGGACUGCGAGUUUAGCAAGACAAAAACAACAAAAACAAAAACCUAAACCAGGGGCACCGUGGCUGGCUCACUCGGGAGAGCAUGUAACUCUUGAUCCUGGGGUCAUGAAUUCUAGCCCCAUGUUGGGUGUAGAAAUGACUUAAAAAAAACUGUCUAGGGGCGCCUGGGUGGUUCAGUCAUUAAGUGUCUGCCUUCAGCU